AUGAGUGGUGGUGGGGGCUGGACUGUGCAGGACCCUUCAGCACCUCAGCCUCACCUCUCCUGUCCUCUCUCUUUAGCCUGUAACCCCAAUGCUUGCAGAGCCUCUGGGAGGGGCCUACAGCCCAAGGGUGUGCGUGUGAAGGAGGUGGCUGACUUCAAGGUAUUCACCAAGGGCGCUGGCAGCGGAGAGCUCAAGGUCACAGUCAAAGGGCCAAAAGGCACAGAAGAACCCGUGAAGGUGCGAGAGGCUGGAGAUGGUGUGUUUGAGUGCGAGUACUACCCGGUGGUGCCGGGCAAGUAUGUGGUGACCAUUACAUGGGGCGGCUACGCUAUCCCACGCAGCCCUUUUGAGGUCCAGGUGAGCCCAGAGGCAGGCUCACAGAAGGUACGGGCCUGGGGGCCUGGUUUAGAGACUGGUCAGGUAGGCAAGUCGGCCGACUUCGUAGUGGAGGCCAUUGGCACAGAAGUAGGGACACUGGGCUUCUCUAUUGAGGGGCCCUCACAGGCUAAGAUUGAGUGCGAUGACAAGGGGGAUGGCUCCUGCGACGUGCGGUACUGGCCCACGGAGCCCGGGGAGUAUGCCGUGCACGUUAUCUGUGAUGAUGAGGACAUCCGGGACUCACCAUUCAUUGCCCACAUCCAGCCCGCCCCACCCAACUGCUUCCCAGACAAGGUAAAGGCCUUUGGGCCUGGCCUAGAGCCCACAGGCUGCAUUGUGGACAAACCUGCAGAGUUCACCAUUGACGCCCGUGCAGCCGGCAAGGGAGACCUAAAGCUCUACGCCCAGGAUGCCGACGGCUGCCCCAUCGACAUCAAAGUCAUCCCCAACGGAGAUGGCACCUUCCGCUGCUCCUACGUGCCCACCAAGCCCAUCAAACACACCAUCAUCAUCUCCUGGGGAGGCGUCAACGUACCCAAGAGCCCCUUCCGGGUGAACGUGGGGGAGGGCAGUCAUCCUGAGCGGGUGAAGGUGUAUGGCCCUGGCGUGGAGAAGACAGGUCUCAAAGCCAACGAGCCCACCUACUUCACUGUGGACUGUAGCGAAGCUGGGCAAGGCGAUGUGAGCAUCGGCAUCAAGUGUGCCCCUGGCGUGGUGGGCCCCGCAGAGGCUGACAUUGACUUUGACAUAAUCAAGAACGACAACGACACUUUCACGGUCAAGUACACGCCCCCGGGAGCCGGCCACUACACCAUCAUGGUGCUGUUUGCUAACCAGGAGAUCCCUGCCAGCCCCUUCCAUAUCAAAGUGGACCCAUCCCAUGAUGCCACUAAGGUUAAGGCUGAGGGCCCCGGGCUGAACCGCACAGGAGUGGAAGUUGGGAAGCCCACUCACUUCACCGUGCUGACCAAGGGCGCCGGCAAAGCUAAGCUGGACGUGCAGUUUGCUGGAGCUGCCAAGGGAGAGACUGUACGGGACUUCGAGAUCAUCGACAACCAUGACUACUCCUACACAGUCAAGUACACACCAGUCCAGCAGGGCAACAUGGCAGUGACAGUGACCUAUGGUGGGGACCCUGUUCCCAAAAGCCCGUUUGUGGUGAAUGUGGCACCCCCGCUGGACCUCAGCAAAGUCAAAGUCCAAGGCCUCAACAGCAAGGUGGCUGUGGGGCAAGAGCAGGCUUUCACUGUGAACACUAGAGGGGCCGGUGGCCAGGGCCAGCUGGAUGUGCGCAUGACCUCACCCUCCCGACGCCCCAUCCCCUGCAAGCUGGAGCCCGGGAGUGGGGCAGAAGCCCAGGCUGUGCGCUACAUGCCCCCCGAGGAGGGGCCCUACAAAGUGGACAUUACCUAUGAUGGUCAUCCAGUGCCCGGCAGCCCCUUUGCUGUGGAGGGUGUCCUGCCCCCUGACCCCUCCAAGGUUUGUGCCUACGGUCCUGGGCUCAAAGGUGGGCUGGUGGGCAGCCCUGCACCCUUUUCCAUUGACACCAAGGGGGCAGGCACAGGAGGCCUGGGGCUGACAGUGGAGGGUCCCUGUGAAGCCAAGAUUGAGUGCCAGGACAACGGCGAUGGCUCCUGCGCGGUCAGCUACCUCCCCACAGAGCCCGGCGAGUACACUAUCAACAUCCUGUUCGCUGAAGCCCACAUCCCCGGAUCUCCGUUCAAGGCCACCAUCCGGCCCGUUUUUGACCCCAGCAAGGUGCGGGCCAGCGGGCCAGGCCUAGAGCGUGGCAAGGCUGGCGAGGCAGCCACCUUCACUGUGGACUGCUCAGAGGCGGGUGAGGCUGAGCUGACCAUCGAGAUCCUGUCAGACGCUGGGGUCAAGGCUGAGGUGCUGAUCCACAACAACGCCGAUGGCACCUACCACAUCACCUACAGCCCUGCCUUCCCUGGCACCUACACCAUCACCAUCAAAUACGGUGGCCACCCUGUCCCCAAGUUCCCUACCCGUGUCCACGUGCAGCCUGCGGUGGACACCAGUGGGGUCAAGGUGUCAGGACCCGGCGUGGAGCCACACGGUGUCCUGCGCGAGGUGACCACAGAGUUCACCGUGGACGCCAGAGCCCUGACAACCACUGGAGGGAACCAUGUGACAGCACGAGUGCUCAACCCGUCAGGUGCCAAAACGGAUACCUACGUGACAGACAAUGGGGAUGGUACCUACCGCGUGCAGUACACAGCCUAUGAGGAGGGUGUGCACCUGGUGGAGGUUCUCUACGAUGAUGUGGCUGUGCCUAAGAGCCCCUUCCGAGUGGGCGUGACUGAGGGCUGCGACCCCACUCGAGUCCGAGCCUUUGGGCCAGGCCUGGAGGGAGGCUUGGUCAAUAAGUCCAACCGCUUCACCGUGGAGACCAGGGGAGCCGGCACCGGGGGGCUCGGCCUUGCCAUUGAGGGCCCUUCAGAGGCAAAGAUGUCCUGCAAGGACAACAAGGAUGGCAGCUGCACCGUGGAGUACAUCCCCUUUACUCCCGGGGACUAUGAUGUCAACAUCACCUUCGGGGGGCGUCCCAUCCCAGGGAGCCCCUUCCGGGUGCCUGUGAAGGAUGUGGUGGACCCUGCGAAGGUGAAAUGUUCAGGACCAGGCCUGGGGGCCGGUGUCAGGGCCCGAGUACCCCAGACCUUCACAGUGGACUGUAGCCAAGCUGGCCGGGCCCCUCUGCAGGUGGCCAUAGUGGGCCCCACAGGUGUGGCUGAGCCAGUGGAGGUGCGUGACAAUGGUGAUGGCACCCACACCGUUCACUAUACCCCUGCUACAGACGGGCCCUACACAGUAGCGGUCAAGUAUGCUGACCAGGAGGUGCCCCGCAGCCCCUUCAAGAUCAAGGUGCUUCCAGCCCAUGAUGCCAGCAAAGUGAGGGCCAGCGGGCCCGGCCUCAAUGCAUCUGGCAUCCCAGCCAGCCUGCCCGUGGAGUUCACCAUCGAUGCCCGGGAUGCAGGGGAGGGCCUGCUCACUGUCCAGAUCCUGGACCCUGAAGGGAAGCCCAAAAAGGCCAACAUCCGAGACAAUGGGGAUGGCACAUACACUGUGUCCUACCUCCCUGACAUGAGCGGCCGCUACACCAUCACCAUCAAGUAUGGCGGCGACGAGAUCCCCUACUCGCCCUUCCGAAUCCAUGCCCUGCCCACUGGGGAUGCCAGCAAGUGCCUGGUCACAGUGUCCAUUGGAGGCCAUGGCCUGGGUGCCUGCCUGGGCCCCCGCAUCCAAAUCGGGGAGGAGACGGUGAUCACAGUGGACGCCAAGGCGGCAGGCAAGGGCAAGGUGACGUGCACGGUAUCCACGCCUGAUGGGGCAGAGCUGGACGUGGAUGUGGUAGAGAACCAUGAUGGUACCUUCGAUAUCUACUACACCGCACCCGAGCCUGGCAAGUAUGUCAUCACCAUCCGCUUUGGAGGCGAGCACAUCCCCAACAGCCCCUUCCACGUGCUGGCCUGUGACCCCCCGCCCCAUGUGGAGGAGCCCCCCGACGUGCUGCCAUUGCCCCGGCCCAGCGCCUACCCUCCACACUGGGCCACAGAGGAGCCAGUGGUGCCCUUGGAGCCCCUGGAGUCUAUGCUGAGGCCCUUCAACCUGGUCAUCCCCUUCACUGUGCAGAAAGGAGAACUCACAGGUGAGGUGCGAAUGCCAUCUGGGAAGACUGCAAGACCAAACAUCACCGACAACAAAGAUGGCACCAUUACGGUGAGGUACGCGCCCACCGAGAAGGGCCUGCACCAUAUGGGCAUCAAGUAUGAUGGCAACCACAUUCCUGGGAGCCCUCUACAGUUCUACGUGGAUGCCAUCAACAGCCGCCACGUCAGCGCGUACGGGCCCGGCCUGAGCCACGGCAUGGUCAACAAGCCGGCCACCUUCACCAUCGUCACCAAGGAUGCCGGGGAAGGAGGUCUGUCCCUGGCAGUGGAGGGCCCGUCCAAGGCAGAGAUCACCUGCAAGGACAACAAGGAUGGCACAUGCACCGUGUCCUACCUGCCCACUGCCCCUGGGGACUAUAGCAUCAUUGUACGCUUCGACGACAAGCACAUCCCUGGGAGCCCCUUCACGGCCAAGAUCACAGGUGACGACUCCAUGAGGACCUCGCAGCUGAACGUAGGCACCUCCACCGAUGUGUCCCUGAAAAUCACGGAGAGUGACUUGAGCCAGCUGACCGCCAGCAUCCGCGCCCCCUCAGGCAACGAGGAGCCCUGCCUGCUGAAACGCUUGCCCAACAGGCACAUCGGCAUCUCAUUCACCCCCAAGGAGGUCGGGGAGCAUGUGGUGAGUGUGCGCAAGAGUGGCAAGCACGUCACCAACAGCCCCUUCAAGAUCCUGGUGGGACCCUCUGAGAUCGGGGACGCCAGCAAGGUGCGGGUCUGGGGCAAGGGCCUGUCGGAGGGACACACCUUCCAGGUGGCCGAGUUCAUCGUGGACACGCGGAACGCAGGUUAUGGAGGCCUGGGACUGAGCAUUGAAGGGCCCAGCAAGGUGGACAUUAACUGCGAGGACAUGGAGGAUGGCACGUGCAAGGUCACCUACUGCCCCACAGAGCCUGGCACCUACAUCAUCAACAUCAAGUUUGCCGACAAGCACGUACCAGGAAGCCCCUUCACCGUGAAGGUGACAGGUGAGGGCCGCAUGAAGGAGAGCAUCACCCGGCGCAGACAGGCCCCCUCCAUUGCCACCAUAGGCAGCACCUGCGACCUCAACCUCAAGAUCCCAGGGAACUGGUUCCAGAUGGUGUCUGCCCAGGAGCGCCUGACCCGCACCUUCACCCGCAGCAGCCACACCUACACGCGCACUGAGCGCACGGAGAUCAGCAAGACCCGUGGUGGGGAGACCAAGCGUGAGGUGCGGGUAGAGGAGUCCACCCAGGUGGGUGGCGACCCCUUCCCUGCUGUCUUCGGGGACUUCCUGGGCCGUGAGCGCCUGGGCUCUUUUGGCAGCAUCACAAGGCAGCAAGAGGGUGAGGCCAGCUCUCAGGAUAUGGCAGCGCAGGUGACCAGCCCGUCGGGCAAGGUGGAAGCUGCAGAGAUCGUGGAGGGAGAGGAUAGUGCCUACAGCGUGCGCUUCGUGCCGCAGGAGAUGGGGCCACACACAGUGGCUGUCAAGUACCGCGGCCAGCACGUUCCUGGCAGCCCCUUCCAGUUCACAGUGGGGCCGCUGGGCGAGGGUGGCGCCCACAAGGUGCGAGCCGGGGGCACCGGGCUGGAGCGAGGUGUGGCCGGUGUGCCAGCUGAGUUCAGCAUCUGGACCCGGGAGGCAGGCGCCGGGGGCCUGUCCAUUGCAGUGGAGGGGCCCAGCAAGGCUGAGAUUGCCUUCGAGGAUAGGAAGGAUGGCUCCUGCGGGGUCUCCUACGUGGUCCAGGAACCAGGUGACUAUGAGGUCUCCAUCAAGUUCAAUGAUGAGCACAUCCCAGACAGCCCCUUUGUGGUCCCCGUGGCCACCCUCUCAGAUGACGCCCGCCGCCUUACGGUCACCAGCCUCCAGGAGACAGGGCUCAAGGUGAACCAGCCAGCAUCCUUUGCGGUGCAGCUAAACGGCGCCCGGGGUGUAAUCGAUGCCAGGGUACACACGCCCUCAGGCGCGGUGGAGGAGUGUUAUGUCUCUGAGCUGGACAGUGACAAACACACCAUCCGCUUCAUCCCCCAUGAGAAUGGUGUCCACUCCAUCGACGUCAAGUUCAACGGUGCCCAUAUCCCUGGUAGUCCCUUUAAAAUCCGUGUUGGGGAGCAAAGCCAGGCUGGGGACCCAGGCUUGGUGUCUGCUUAUGGUCCUGGGCUGGAAGGAGGCACAACUGGUGUGUCCUCCGAGUUCAUUGUCAACACCCUGAAUGCGGGCUCUGGGGCCCUAUCAGUUACCAUCGAUGGCCCCUCCAAAGUGCAGCUGGACUGUCGAGAGUGUCCUGAGGGCCACGUGGUGACAUACACACCUAUGGCCCCCGGCAACUACCUCAUUGCCAUCAAGUAUGGUGGCCCCCAGCACAUCGUGGGCAGUCCUUUCAAGGCCAAGGUCACAGGCCCCAGACUGUCUGGUGGCCACAGCCUUCAUGAAACGUCCACGGUCCUGGUGGAGACAGUGACCAAGUCAUCCUCAAGCCGGGGCUCCAGCUAUAGCUCCAUCCCCAAGUUCUCUUCUGAUGCCAGCAAAGUGGUAACUCGGGGCCCCGGGCUGUCCCAGGCCUUCGUGGGCCAGAAGAACUCCUUCACCGUGGACUGCAGCAAAGCAGGCACCAACAUGAUGAUGGUGGGCGUGCACGGGCCCAAGACACCCUGUGAGGAGGUAUACGUGAAGCACAUGGGGAACCGUGUCUACAAUGUCACCUACACUGUCAAGGAGAAGGGGGACUACAUCCUCAUUGUCAAGUGGGGCGAUGAGAGUGUCCCUGGGAGCCCCUUCAAAGUCAACGUGCCCUGAAAGCCCCAAGUGUCUCCCCCAUCCUCGGCCCCCACCUCUGGACACACACACACACACACACACACACAGACUCAGACUCAGACAUCACAAAUGCCUGCCUUGGGGUGCCAUAUGGACAGCUCACUAACCCCCACACCCCACACUGCUCACCCCCCCUAGGGUGGGAGGGCCUUGUCAGCUUCAGGACAGUGUGUCUCCCCUUAAAUGUGAUAUAGAGGUGGACUUGGGAUUGGGGGUAUCAUUGGAGCCCAGAGGCUUCUGAUGUGAGGUGGUGGGGGGUGGGGGUGGGUAAGGCCAGUUGGGGAACACGUGUCUGGGAAUGUCUGCAUGUGUGAGAGAAGUCGCCCUCGAAGUACACUGCUGGUCAAGCUUCCUUGCCACUGGGGACUAGGGAUGACCUGGACUCUGGCGACCCUAAGGACUUGCAAAAGCACAAUCAGAGAAGAAACAGAAGACCUGCAAGUGGAAGCAGCAUGUUAAGUGCCUAGCCUGACCUGGGGGUGACUGAUAGAUUUAUAUCCAUCCCGCCAGGCUUCCUGGAGGACUGAUUGCUUUUCUUUUUUCUUCUCCUUUUUUUUUUUUUAAUUUUUAUGGUUGCACAGCUCUGCCCCAAGGGGGGUUUUUGUACACAUUGUGAGGCCCAGCUUUCUGGGGGGCUCUUGCACAGGUCUGGCAGCUCAGCUGGGAGCUGCAGAGGUAGAAUACUCCAAAUAAAGUGCGGCUGUCGCAGAAACAUGA